CAACACUCUGUUCAGUAACUACCACGCACCCUCUGCGCCAGUGUAACUGCUUUCAUCACUCCACCUGAGAUUCUGCUGCCUCUUCUGUUCUGCUUGAAUCAAGGCGCUUCGAGGAAACCCUUCUGAGGGCUGCCGGCCGGCCACCAUGAGCUCACUACUUAACAUCCAACGGGAAAUCAUCCUGAACACUAUCCGCUCUGCCGGAGGCGACAAUUGGAAAGUCCUGGUGUUAGAUGAAGGCAGUCGCAGCCUGAUAGACAAUGUCGUCAAAGAAGAUGAUAUCCUUAACCUUAAUGUCACCCAUAUUGAACAGAUCGAGCACCGACGGAACACCAACCAGUCGAUGGAUGCCCUUUAUAUCCUCUCCGCCCUUCCGCACAUCGUAGAUUGCGUACUGGCUGAUCUGGAGAGGAAGAGAUACAGAAAGUCAUAUCUGGUGUGGACAUCAUUUCUUAAUCCGGGGCUGCGCGCUAGAUUUGAUCGGUCACAGAUGGUUCAGGAGCAAGUCGCGGCUUUCCAAACCAUCAGUAUCGACUACUAUCCGAGGGAAUCGCGCCUUGUCACGUUUCGAGACCCAUGGAGUUUUCCGGUUUUGUUCCAUCCGGGCUGUAACCAUCUUAUUCGCGAGCAUUUGACAACAUUGGCGCACAAGGCCGUAUCUUUGUGCGCCACAUUGGGAGAAUAUCCUGUGGUCAGAUACUAUCGGCCGAGGACACCUACUCACGAGGCCAGUGUCCUGUGUUCGCACUUGGCACGAUUUAUUCAAGAGGAACUAGACCAAUUCGCGCAGUUCAACCGAGAUUUCCCGCCUCCUUCUCCAAGACCCCGGGGUGUGCUCUUGGUCGUAGAUCGAUCGAUGGAUCUGUUCGCGCCUUUGAUCCAUGAGUUCACGUAUCAGUCCAUGGUUCACGACUUGCUGCCCAUAAAGGAAGGGGACAAAAUUACGUAUAAGAUGGUUGUCAACAAAGGCACCACGAAUGAAGAGGUGAAGGAGAUGGAGCUCAACGAUCACGAUAGAAUCUGGGUAGAAUACAGGCAUAUGCAUAUGAAGGACGUGCUAGGUAAAUUGGGUGAAGACUUCGCCAGGUUCCGAGCCGCUAACCCACAGUUUGCGGAAGAUAACCAAAAGGCUGACGUGGGCAUUAUUAAAGACAUGCUGGCUGGCCUUCGAGAAUUCCAAGAAGGCAGAGACGCGUAUACCCUUCAUCUAAACAUGGCGGAAGAAUGCAUGAAGUUCUUCCAAGAUCAUAAACUUAUUGAGGUUAGCUCUGUAGAGCAGUGCCUCGCAACCGGCCUUGACGAGAAUUAUAAAAAGGCCAAGGGGCUGGCAUCACAGCUCGUACAGUUACUUGAUGAUGACACUAUCAUCCAUACUGACAGGCUCAGACUCUUACUGUUCUAUAUCAUAUACCGCAACGGACUUCUCCCUGGCGACAUCAGGAAACUCAUGGCACAUGCCCAACUUCCACCUCAGGACGGAAAUGUCAUUUCUAAUCUCGGAUUGCUCGGGGCCAGAGUUGACAAACCAUUGAAGGAUGACAAACCGCCCGAACAGCCACUUUUCAAUAGGAAACCGCCUGUGGUAGCCGAUUCGGACGAAGGAAUCCUCUCCCGUUACGAACUCAACGUCAAAAUGAUGCUAGAAGACGUUAUUCGAGGAACGUUGGAUCCGUCUAUAUUCCCUCACACACGUCCUCAGACUGAUGCAGACGCUAUGGCAACUCAGCAAGACACUCUUUCGCAAGCAUCUCUCCGGAGUGCGAAACCGACCUGGGCACGGACACGCACGACCGGGGAGCAGCCACGGCAACGCAUCAUCGUUUUCAUGGCAGGUGGUGCCACAUACGGCGAAUCCCGAGCAUGCUAUGAGAUCUCUGAAACUUUCAAGAAGGACGUCUUUCUUGCUACAUCCCAUAUGCUCACUCCGGGGCUGUUUCUCCGUCAAGUCAGCGACUUGAGCGCAGAUAAGCGCCGUCUCGAUAUUCCCGCAGAGCGGCCAAAACCAACUGCGCCGGCCCAUCUAUUUGAGCGAGAUCCCCCUCCUCCCCAGCCCGCGCCACAAAAGAAGCCAGCUCCUGCACCGGCGCCGGCACCUCCUACUGCGGCAAUGGGAGCUAUGUCUCUGGGGCCGAAUCCUGCCAAACAAUCUAGUAUGGGGAAGCCAGUAAAGGAACAGAAAGAGAAGAAGAAGCACCGUUUCUUCAGAUGA